AUGUCAAUAAAAAACGAUGAUUCAAAUUCAUUUUCACUUAUUUGUUUUGGAAAUUUAUCUGAUCAACGUCUAUCAAAAAUCAAAUUUGUAAACAAAUUUGACAAUCUUGAUUUAUUAAAAGAAUAUUUAAAUGAAAUGAAAGAUAAUUCUGUUAUUGUUAUUGUUUCUGAUAAUGUUUCAUUGGAUACAAUCUCUUCAACAGAUUUUCCUCAAAUUUGUGCUGUUUAUAAUGAAAAAUUUGUUUGUUUAUAUUGUUUACCAACAAUGAUAUUACCUGUUCAUACAUAUAUGCAAACUAUUCAAGAUGAACAAUCAAAAAAAAAGACUUCAUCUUAUUUCUUUCCACUUAUUCGAAAGUAUUGGUUUAUUAUUGGUUUAUUUUUGGUUAUUUUUCUUGCAUAUUUAUUUCCAAAUAUAGGUAAAACAGGUGGAUAUAUUCGUUCAGAAUGGUCUAUUAAAAUCGGUUGUGUAUUAAUUAUUUUCUUUCUCAGUGGUUUAUCAUUAAGAACAAAACAACUUGUUAAAGAAAUUCUUCAUAUUCGUCUUCAUUUAUUUGUUCAAAUUUAUAGUUUAUUAAUAAUUCCAUUUACAAUUUAUGCUUUUGGUUUAUUAUUAAUAAAAUUAUCUUUAAAUAAAACAUUAAUUGUUGGUAUAAUAAUAAUGGCAUCAACAUCUACAACAAUUUCAAGUAAUGUUGUUAUGACAAAAAAUGCAUUGGGUAAUGAAUAUGCAGCAUUAUUAAAUGCUGUUCUUGGAAAUAUUUUAGGAAUAUUUAUUUCUCCAGCAUUAAUAUUAUAUUUUCUCAAAAAUCCAAUAUUUGAUUCAUUGUCAAAUACAUCAACUAGUGAUAAUCAAUUAGAUUAUAGUCGUAUUAUUAAAAAUUUAGCUUUAACUGUUUUAAUUCCUUUAUUUAUUGGACAAAUAAUUCAUUUAUUAUGGACAAAAAAAGUGACAUAUUUACAUGAAAAAUUUUAUUUUUCCGAUUUAAAUAGUUUAGCUUUAUUAAUUCUUGUUUGGGCUGUAUUUUCAAAUGCUUUUGCUACAGGUGCAUUUGAAACAAUACAUAAAAAAGAUCUUCUUAUUUUGAUUUUUAUUAAUGCUGGAAUUUAUUUAUUUUUUUCAUUAUUAAUUAUAAUUCUAUCAAGAUUACCAAUACCAUAUUGGCAAUUUUCUCAAAAAGAUACAGUUGCAAUUAUGUUUUGUGGUGCAACAAAAACUUUAGCAAUGGGAAUUCCAUUAAUAAAUGCUUUGUAUGGAAAUGCAAAUAAAGAUUUAAGUGGAAUACUUUCAUUACCAUUAAUUAUUUAUCAUGUUGAACAAUUAAUUAUCGGGGCUAUUUUUGUUAUUUUAUUAAAAAAUUGGGUUAAAAAAGGAAUUAAGAAACAAAAUAUUAAAUUAAAAAAUCAAGAUGAUCUCGAUGCAGUUGAAUCACAAACUAUAAAUAUUGAAUCUUCGAACUAA